AUGGCUGGCUCAGGUGCUUCGACAUGGAGGCGCAGUACGAAUAUUAAAACCGGUGGUGGAAUGCAAGUGGAUUUAUUGGAGGGAAUGACGGCUUACCGCGAGGCCCGCAGGUGGAAGAGGCAGCCGGCGAAGCCGGCGUCUGCAGGACAGGGGCUGCCCCGUCAAGCCGUCCAACUGAACAACUUUAAUUAUGUCACUUCCUGGGAGUUUCUUGUCUUUGAUCAAGAUGUUCUCUCCAGGUCCAACCUGCCCAGGCGACUCAUCAUCGAUACCUCGUACCAAAUCAUUAUUUUCUAUAUAUUUGCAGCGAAGUCAGCCCGAGGUAGCAUUGAGCUAGGCCGAGAGGCCAAGUCAAGCUACAAAUGUCGUGGUACCCCGCUAGCCCUGCCCCCUCCCCGGGGCCGGCUCGACCCGUCGUCAGCGCGGCGGAUUGCGAGGCUCGCCGUCAACCUGGAUGAUGCAAAGCUCAAGGUCUCGCUCGAGAACCUCGACCUGCUUGGGCGCUGUCCGGCGCACAGCAAACUCGAUGCCGCGUGGGUGUCCAGAUUGAAGGGAUGUGGAGGGAGAAAUGCGGUUAUGGGUUGGGUUUCCUUGCCACUUUUCAAGUCGUGA